AUGAAGACAAAACAACAGCAGCAGCCGGUCUCUGCUUCUCACGACGAGAACAUUCCUAUAACAGAAAUGUCUGCCACACAUGACGAGACUCCUAGUGAAGAUCCAAAAGUAUGGAUCGUUGGAGGAAUAUACCGCGAACAACUACACGAUGAACAGUCACAACUCGAUAAUCGACUUUUACAAGAGGUCGACUUCGACCUGCCUCUUACCGUGACAAGGAGGAUAGAACACAAUGGAGGAAACUUUCUCGUGCUUGAAUUUGCGGAGGGUGACAAGGAAAACCCGUUCAAUUGGAGUGAAAAGAGGAAGGCAUUCAUUAGCGUUCUGCUUUGCAUGAUGACCCUUUUCAUUGGUCUUGCCACAACAGCCUACAGCUCAGGUAUAUCGGAUAUGGUCGAAGAGCUAGGGGUUUCCACUGAGCUUGGUCAAUUGGGUCUGUUUACAUUCAAUUUCACCUGUGCCCUUGCUCCCCUAUUCCUUGCUCCUUUCUGCGAGCUGGCUGGACGACGAGUCAUCUACGUCGGCAGUUAUGUUUGCUUCUCCCUCAUGUUCAUUGGCUUGGCUCUUGGAAAGAACAUUGCCACCAUUAUUGUGUGUCGCGCUCUGCUCGGACUUUUUGGAUGUGUUGGAACCAUCCUCGUCGGUGGCACCUUCGGCGACAUGUAUACCCCUGCUCACCGUGCCAUCCCAAUGGCCUCCUUCUCGUUCAUCGCCAUUUUCGGUACUGUCGCCGCCCCAAUUUACGCCGGGUUCAUCGAUCAAGCUCUAGGAUGGAGAUGGGUGGAGGGUAUUCAGGGUCUGGCAAACAUUCCUCUUGGUAUUAUUAUCGCCAUUUUCCUAUGUGAGACCCGUGGUGGUGUGACUCUAUCCAAGAGAGCCAAGAUGCUCCGCAAGAAUACCGGAGAUGAACGCUUCGUCACUCACAACGACCUCGAAGCCCCGGGCAUCAAGCAGAUGCUGCACAGCUCCUCCAUUAAGGCCAUCCGGAUGCUCUUCACUGAGCCGGUCGUCUUCGCCUUCGGUCUCUGGAUCAGUUUCGCCUGGUUCCUCACUUUCCUCUUCUUGUCUGUCAUUCCGAUCACAUUCGCCGAUAAGCGUGGUUGGGGCGAAGGUGUUGCUGGUUUACCUUACAUCGCUCUCUGCAUCGGUGCAACAAUGGGUUUCGGUUUGAACUUCUUCCAGAUCAGGAAGUACAAGUCUCUCGUCGCCGAUCCCACUCGCAAGGUCGACCCUGAAGCCCGUCUGUACGGUGCCAUGUACGGUUCUGUCUGGCUACCCAUUGGUCUCUUUAUCUACAGCUUCACUCAAUACGCCCAGCUCAGUUGGGUCGGUCCAGUCAUCGGCUUGGCCCUCAUUGGUAUUGGAAUUUUCUUCAUUUUCGAGUCCUGCUACAGUUAUACAUCUGACUGCUACGGCGAGAACUCAUCUUCCGCUAUCGCUGGCCAGGGUUUCAUGCGUAAUACCCUUGGCGCCGUCUCGCCGCUGUUCGCUACCCAGUUCUUCGAGAACCUGGGUAGUCAAUACGCUGGUCUGCUGCUGGCUCUCAUCGCCACGCUCUUGACGUUCAUCCCGUUUGUGCUGUAUAAAUUUGGCCCAGAACUUCGCGCAAGAUCGAAGCUGGCUAGCACUAUUGUGGCGGCUAGUGCCCCUUGA